AUGUCUCGCGAGGAUAAUGGUGACGUCUUUUCACGACUCGGUGCGGGAAUACAGGAUCCGCAGCCGGGCGGAAAUAUUAAGGAACUGAACGCCAAGAGCAGAGCUGGUUUACCGUUGAUCUGCACCCAUGUGGUCGAAGGCCACACGAACUCGGUGCUGUCGAUAAAGGUAUCGAACGACACGCUGUUCACGGCGGCCGCCGAUCGUACGGUGAAGGUGUGGGAUCUGCGUUCCAACUCGACCCCACACUGCUUGACCGGCCACCUCGGGCCGGUUGCGGCCGUGGAGUACGAUCCGAUGAGCAAUCUGCUGUUCUCUGCCUCGGGCGCAUUCGUCAAGGUGUGGGACCUGCGCAACAGUAACGUUCGGCCGAUCAUUACGCUAUGCUCCUCCGGAACGACUCUGCCAGCCGCUGCGUCCCUCUCCGAUCUGGUUCCGGGCGAGAGCUCGAUUACAGCGCUCACCAUGGGUGCUUCGGGUAAGCUGUACACCGCGGCCUCCGAUAAGGUCCGUUUCUGGGACCUUCGGCAGUUUGCCUGCCUGGGUCGGCUGUCCGGAGGACAUCAGGCGGCGGUUAUGUGUCUAACGGCAUGGGAAGGUCCAAAUAGUACCGACCUGGUGGCGACCGGUUCGAAGGAUCACUACGUCAAGGUGUUUGAGGUCAACUCGAUCGGCGGGGUGGUGCAACCGCUGCUGAACCUCGAACCACCGCACUACGAUGGUGUGCAGGCGCUAGCCGUGGCCAACGAUGCCAUCGGAGUCGAUGCGGAGCUGUUUUCCGGGAGCAGAGACUCCGGGAUCAAACGGUGGGACCUGCGCAACGGCGAGCUCAAGCAGUCGCUCAACAACGCACACAAGGGCUGGGUCUCCGGGAUGGCCAUUUACGGGGACAUUCUGCUGUCUAGCUGUCGCGGUGGCGUUAUUCGCCUAUGGAAUAUCAAAACUUGCGACAGUCUGGCCGAAAUGAAGACGGAACAGUCGAUCAACGAUAUCGUGACCAGUGAUAAUCGCGUUUUUACGGCCUCCAACGACGGAAAGGUUCGCCUGUGGCGGGUCUCGUCGGCUAUUCGACGGCUAGGACCUGACAGUAUAUGACGCCAACGCACGGAAGCAAUGCCCGAACGGAUGUAUUACAGACAGAGUAGCAUGCGCCACAUGGCGCAUUCGGAGCCCUGCGGUGCCGACGAUAGAGCCGCAGGUGGCACCUGCCCUAGUAGCAAUAGACCAUCAUUCACGUCAUCCUCCUCAUCUGCUACUGCCUCAUCGUCAUUAGUCACCUCAUCCACACCAAUGGCAUUCGCUUCCGUGCCUAUAGCUUUCGCUAAACCAUUAGUGCCCAACGCUUUGCCGUCGGCGGCUUCUCCAGCUUCGUCGGUAACGGCAAGCUCGUUAAGAAACAGUAGACUUUACCGCAGCCUCAACCACAACUAUCUCAGCAUACUGAGCCGCACGAACCGAAGGUAGUGAAAAGCGUCCGGACCCACGGUUCUGGCUGGGUUCAUUACUUAGGCAUAAGGUAGCUCGACACUUCGCAAUGGGUCCGUUCCUCAAACCGAUCCGGAUGAAUUCCAAUUCUUGAAAAUCCCCCCAAAAUCCCCUUCCAUUUAUCUAAGAUUGCCGCACUCUCUACGUAACGAAAAGGGGUCACAGCAGGGCAACGGCACGUUCAGAAAUGUUCGUUUAUUCUUUCAAACCUGACACCAGCUUUGGAUUUUGUUAUUUGUUGCAAGUGUAAAUCAUUGGCAAUGUAUUCGAUCCAAUUUUGGCCGUUUACUGGCCGGAACAUCCCUGACAGCGAAUUAAUGGUAGCUCAGUGUAUUCGCUUUACUUUUCGUACGUUAUAUGCGUUCGCGGCUUAUAGGUUUUGUUUCGAAUAAUUCCAAAUAUAGUUUAAUGGUUGUGAUUUUAGUUUGUAAAAGAAAUCUAUAAGUAUUUUUAUUUUUACUUAUUACAUAUAAUCGAAAACAGUUUGCAGUGGAAGUAUGUGGGAUAAAGUAAGACUACACUCAAUGACAAUUAAUGCUUAAUUUUAACAGUAUUCUCGAAAGCCGGAUUACGGUUAAUGUUUGAAUUUAUACAUUUAUUUGUUGCUGCUCCUGCCACAGUUAUCAGUAUUUUAUUAGAAAGUACAGCCAGGUACAGCUUGUCCCGGUCGGUGAACCCACGAUCGGGAUUCCACACAAGACAAGCUAUUGUGCUGAUUGAAAAGUAUUCCACUGAAGAGAUAGUUGUUCCAAUGGCAGUAAUUGUGUUAGUUUGAUUUGUUCUGAUUCGGCUGACCGGCUGAUUGAGUAUAUGCGAUGGACUUACGGACUAAAUCUACGGGGAACAGUGCAGGGAAAGACGGGCUAGUACAGGGUUGAUGAGAGUCAUUGUAGUUAGGAUGGCACAGCGAACCGGCUGCUAAACCGAGACAAAAGUGUAGGACGCAAUAGAAAAGAUAACGAGCUCAUUAUCGAGA